GCAUAUGCGGAAGCGACCGACACGGCGACCGCAGUCUACAAGGCCGUGGCGACUGCGGAAGCCAAGCGCAAAGUCAAAGAGGACGGCAGCAAAGCAGAGAUUGCCUCCGUGGCCUCGUCCGAGGCCACGGCAGCCGCGCGCAGCAAUGGCAAGGCCAGUGCCAAGGAAAUCGCCAACGCCACGAGGACAGUCACUGCGCAAGGUGCGGCAGGCGCGACGGUCAAGCUCAAGCAGACCGGACACGGCAAAGCCGAGGCGGAAGCUGAAAGGAACGCCACGGUGCACAUCCAGGACACGGCCACAGUCACGAAGAAACGGACCGUCGAAGUCGAGGGCGUCGGCACCAUGACCAAGGAGUUCAAGGCCACGGCCACGGCCAAAGCCAUCGUGGAGACAAAGGCGUGCAUCUCUGCCCGCCAGGCCAAGCAGAUGCUGAGCCAGGACAGCUUAAGGCAGUCGGGAGUGCCAUUUGCCCGCGCCGUCUACAAGAAGGCAGAGCGAGAAGCUUAUGCCCAGGCCAAGGAGAAGGCAACUAGCUCGGCCAUCAACUUGGCAACGAAGGCAGCGAAAGAUCGGAUCGACUCCGAUAUCGAGGCUCAGGUGGCGAAGUACACCGAGGAGCACCGAUCGAAGCUUGAGAAGAUCGCGCUGGAA